CCCCUCCCUCCCGGGGCGUUGACGCGCCGGCGGCCGGGCCGCGCUCCCACCACUCACCCCCUCACGCGCGCUCCAGCCCGGAACAUGGCGGCUCUCAAGCUCCUCUCCGCCGCGCCCCGGCUCCGCGCCUCCGCCGGCCUCUCCGGGGGCGUCCGGGCCAAGGGAUGUGUUUGCUACUUUUCAACCAGCACACGUCGCCAUACCAAAUUUUAUACAGAUCCAGUGGAAGCUGUAAAAGACAUCCCUGAUGGUGCAACAAUACUGGUUGGUGGUUUUGGGUUAUGUGGAAUUCCAGAGAAUCUCAUAGGAGCCUUACUGAAGACUGGAGUCAAAGAGCUGACUGCAGUCAGCAACAAUGCAGGGGUUGACAACUUUGGCUUGGGCCUUUUACUUCGAUCCAAGCAGAUAAAACGCAUGGUCUCUUCGUAUGUGGGAGAAAAUGCAGAAUUUGAACGACAGUACUUAAGUGGUGAAUUAGAAGUAGAGCUGACACCUCAGGGCACGCUUGCAGAGCGGAUUCGUGCAGGUGGGGCUGGAGUUCCUGCAUUUUACACCAGCACCGGGUAUGGGACCCUGGUGCAACAAGGAGGGUCCCCGAUCAAAUACAACAAAGAUGGCAGCAUUGCCAUUGCCAGUAAGCCCAGAGAGGUGAGGGAGUUUAACGGUCAGCAUUUUAUUUUGGAAGAAGCAAUUACAGGAGAUUUUGCUUUGGUGAAAGCCUGGAAGGCAGACCAAGCAGGAAAUGUGAUUUUCAGGAAAAGUGCAAGAAAUUUCAAUUUGCCAAUGUGCAAAGCUGCAGAAACCACAGUAGUAGAGGUUGAAGAAAUUGUGGAUAUUGGAUCAUUUGCCCCAGAAGACAUCCAUAUUCCGAAGAUUUACGUACAUCGCCUUAUAAAGGGAGAAAAAUAUGAGAAAAGGAUUGAGCGUUUAUCAGUCCGGAAAGAGGAAGAUGUAAAAACCAAAUCCAGUAAACCUGGAGAUAAUGUAAGGGAACGUAUCAUCAAGCGGGCAGCUCUUGAAUUUGAGGACGGCAUGUAUGCUAAUUUGGGCAUAGGGAUCCCGCUUCUAGCCAGCAACUAUAUCAGCCCAAAUAUCACAGUUCAUCUGCAAAGUGAAAAUGGAAUCCUUGGUUUGGGUCCGUAUCCACUACAAAAUGAAGUUGAUGCAGAUCUAAUCAAUGCAGGCAAGGAAACAGUUACUGUUCUUCCAGGAGCCUCUUACUUCUCCAGCGAUGAAUCAUUUGCGAUGAUUAGAGGGGGGCAUGUCAAUCUAACAAUGCUCGGAGCAAUGCAGGUUUCCAGAUAUGGUGACCUCGCUAACUGGAUGAUACCUGGGAAGAUGGUGAAAGGAAUGGGAGGGGCUAUGGAUCUAGUGUCCAGUGUGAAGACCAAAGUGGUGGUCACCAUGGAACAUUCUGCAAAGGGAAAUGUACAUAAAAUUAUGGAGAAAUGUACAUUGCCACUGACCGGAAAGCAGUGUGUCAACCGCAUCAUUACUGAAAAGGCUGUGUUUGAUGUGGACAACAAGAAAGGCCUGACUCUGAUUGAACUCUGGGAAGGCCUGACUGUGGAUGACAUAAAAAAGAGCACCGGGUGUGAUUUUGCAGUUUCACCAAAACUCAUGCCAAUGCAGCAGAUCACAACUUGAGAUGCGGGAUAGACAUUUGUCCCACACUGCGUGUUUUUCAUUUUAAUCACAUAGGAUUUCAUUGAAAAGAUAUCAGUAAUCAUAAUUGUAUGUCUCAUGAGCAGUUUUUGACUAGUUUUCUUCAAGCAUUUUAUACUACAUAUGGCCAUAUAGACUUUGUUCUCUCAAGUGUGCUAUGACAUUUAGUGAAAGACAAAAAAAAUAUAUAAAUGAUUAUCUUACUUGUUUUGUAAGUGCUGAGAAGGCUUAUCUUUACAGUUGGUGCUCACAUUGGAUUUAUCUUUGUCUUUUGUGAUAGGUACACUUAAUUAUACUCAGAUGGGCCCUUAGGAAGACUUUCUUUGAUGUUCUUUUCCUCCUAACUAAAUCAUAACAUGUAAAAAAAAGAAUGAGGGAGAAAAAUAACUCCACCCAGAGUAUACCCAAGGCAGCAGUGUACUAGUUUUGAUUGAUAACAUAUGUGUGAAUUUUGAGUAGGAGACAUGCUGUCAUAAUGAUAAUGUUUUUCUUUUGGCCUCUUGUGACUUUUCUUUUAGAGCCUCUGAUUUUGUGAUUGCAUCUUAUUUCCCUAAAGCAUCCCUUCUCCUCCCUUAUUUGUAUAACUAAAUGGAUGUGCAGUAAGGCAAACAGGAACAUCUCUGUAUAGAAGAAGUAACUGGUUUAUAGGAGAGACCAAGGGGUACAAGGUCUUUUGGUGCUGCUGUCCAACCAAGAAGUUGCUUUUAUAAACCAACCAUCUGUGCUUUGCCAAAAACUAAGGUUUAUCAUGAGAAGAGGGUUGUAAACCUAAAUUGAUUUAGUCGGUUUUAUCAUUUUAAAAUAGUACAGUAUUUGUGUGUAUUCAGAGGGGUCCCUAAGAGGCUUUCUCCAUGUUAUUGAGGCCUAGUGGGCUACUUGUACAGACCACCUCUGAGGCCACAAGGGGCUGUGGGGUAAUUUAUCAUGAAUCCAGUCACAAUAACAACAGAAUUAAAAAUUAUUUUUUCUUUCUUUUCAAGCUCUCUUAUUUCUGUUUCGAAAAGUUUCUAAAGGGAUCCCUGGGUGGCGCAGUGGUUUAGCGCCGGUCUUUGGCCCAGGGCGCGAUCCUGGAGACCCGGGAUCGAAUCCCACGUCAGGCUCCCGGUGCAUGGAGCCUGCUUCUCCCUCUGCCUGUGUCUCUGCCUCUCUCUCUCUCUCUCUGUGACUGUCAUAAAUAAAUAAAUAAAUAAAAAAAAAAGAAAAGUUUCUAAAUAUUGAAUGCCUUUUUCUACAGAACACAGUUCUUUUUUCUGCUUAGGCUAUUUCCUUGAAUAAACAACUUUUAAUUUAGCUUUAUACAAAUAGAGGACAUGCUGAUGAGCAAGUCAAGGAUUUGAAGAACAGUGAAUUUUUAUUGUUAAAAGAAUAAACAUGGUGAAGUGGGUUGUGUAAGGAAGUUGUCCUCAGAAGUGUCAUCCUUACCACCCGUUUGCCCCAAGGGAUACUCUAAGCUCCUGAGUAUCAAAUGGGGGAAAGGUCUAGAUAGCCUAAAAAUGGGUCAGACAUCUUGUCCUCUGGACAGAGGUAGGCACAUAGUGCAAUAUAUCAUUGCUCUGGCACCAGAUAGAGGAAUUUUAUGCAUAUUUUUGGGUGAUGGUUAUCAUUAAAACUCACCCAAUCUUCAGGUAGAACUACAAUUGUGUCAUGUAUCAUAUUAGAGGGGAGAGAGGAUUUUUUAGUAUCACACUCUCUAAUAUAGUCUUAACUGACUGGCUAUAGGAUUGAAGGCAUAUCCUCCCAGUACUGAUAAAAAGGACUCUCUUGGAAUUUGUGAGGCCCAAAGAAUACAUAUCUGUUAGAAUUAUAAUUUGGAAAAAUGUGUGUUAUUGAUGGUUGCUGUAUUUGCAGACUUGGUUGAUUAUAAUUCCAAUCCAUUACUUGAGGAUAAUGUGAUUUUAAGAAUGUUCCCAACUUUGAGUGGUAAAACCUAAGUAGAUGACUUUAUAAGAGUUCCAUAGAUAUUGGACACAUUAAGAUAUAGUGUAAAUAAUCCAAACUGAUGUAGAUCACUGUGAUUGUCCUUUUUCUUGUUUGGGAAAAUAUACUAGAGCUUAAUGGAAAGACCAACAAUAAAUCGUUCACGUACUUUACUGCUUCUUA